GCUUUUCCUCGUGCACGUUCGAAUUGAGCUCCCAUCGGAUUGGAUGUUGGAACGCAUUCGGGGAGGAGCAGCCACAGGCCAAAAUGUGAACAGAGUAAAACAAGUUUCUCUGUCGUGACGGAUGCUUGAGCUGUAGUUUUCUCAAUGUUCGCCUCAGUAGACUGUGCGCAGCCUUCACUCCAGUCACCCUGGCGAGCCGUGGCUUAGGCUAAACAUAUUUCCCCAAACUCCCUUCGCAACAAACAGAAAAUAAAGCAAAGGAGACUGCGAAGGAAACCGGAGCUACCCAUCCCCGUCCGGCUGAAACUUUUGGGAGAGUUCUUCAUUCUUUCAAACUUUACGGGAAGGCGAGGAGGAGAGAAUGCAGGCGCGCUACUCCGUCUCCAGUCCUAACUCCCUUGGCGUCGUGCCUUAUAUUAGCAGUGACCAGAGCUACUACCGGGCCGCGACCGGUGGAGGAUACACCGGUAUGUCUGCUCCCAUGAGUAUGUACUCUCACCCGGCCCAAGACCAGUACCAGGCCAGCAUGGCGCGUGCGUACGGACCGUACACCCCGCAGCACCAGCCCAAGGACAUGGUCAAACCUCCAUACAGCUACAUCGCCCUCAUCACCAUGGCGAUACAGAACUCACCAGACAAGAAGGUGACACUGAAUGGGAUUUAUCAAUUUAUCAUGGAGAGGUUUCCGUUCUACCGAGAUAACAAGCAGGGCUGGCAGAACAGCAUCCGGCACAACCUGUCCCUCAACGAGUGCUUCGUCAAAGUGGCCCGGGACGAUAAGAAGCCGGGUAAAGGCAGCUACUGGACUCUGGAUCCGGACUCCUACAACAUGUUCGAGAACGGCAGCUUCCUGAGGCGUCGCAGACGGUUCAAGAAGAGUAAUGUUCAGAAGGACAAGGAUGACAGGCAAGGCAAGGACUCGUCAAGGAGAGGAGCCCCUGACCUGGAGAACGAGCAGCCCGUGCAAGGCUCCCAGCCCGUGCGCAUCCAGGAUAUAAAGACGGAGAACGGGACUUCUACUCCUCCACAGGCCGAGUCCCCAGGCUUACCUGUGCCCAAAACAGAGAGUCCUGGUAGCAGCAGUAGUAUGUCCACCGGCAGCCCGCACAGUGUGCCCUCCGCCCGGUCCCUCUCAAUGGAGGGCCCCGAGCAUCACCACCACAUCCAGGCGGCGGCGCAGGGCUUCAGCGUGGACAACAUCAUGACCUCACUUCGGGGGUCGCCCCAGGGCACCACGGAGCUCACGUCCCCUCUUAUCGCAUCCUCUAGGACAGGUAUAACCCCCUCUCUAUCGCUCAACUAUUCCCCCAACCAGACGUCUGCUUACAACUCACCAAACUGCAACCAGAACUCCAUCUCCACGAACUCUAACGCUACAUACCAUUGCAACAUGCAAGCCAUGAGCUUGUACGCCGGAGACCGAGGCGGCCACCUCGCGCCCUCCACCACGGUGGACGAGACACUGUCCGAUUACUCCAUCACCACGACGACCACAUCCCCGCUCGGGCAUGGCAACCUGAGCGUGGGACAGGAUGGUGGUCACCACGCGCACCAGGGCCGGCUCGCGUCCUGGUACGGGGACCUGGGACAUCUGGGCACGAGCUACCCGGCACAGCAACAGAACUUCCACUCGGUGCGAGAGAUGUUCGAGUCUCAACGGAUCGGUUUGAAUAGCUCCCCGGUUAACGGGAAUAAUAGCUGUCAAAUGGCUUUCCCCUCCGGUCAAUCCAUCUACCGUACUUCCGGAGCUUUCGUUUAUGACUGCAGCAAGUUCUAAAAACAACAAAACCAUGUUUAAAAAAAAAAAACGAAUAACUUUAAUAUAUAUAUUUUCAUCUUUUUGUACUUAAACCUUCCUCAUACCGGUCCAUUAUUCCUCACAGAAUGGACUAAACAUAUUGAGAGAGAUGAGAUUUGUUCUGGUGUGUAUGUCAGACAGAGGGGUGUGUUACAACACCAAAAAACACGUAAGUUUUUUUCUCUCUCACUUCGGGAACUUUGUUUUUAAAGAUUGUUGUUUUAACAUCCACCCUUUUAUAAACGUGUUAUUGAUUGUAAAUUGCAUAUAGUAAUUUAUUAUUAGAAAGUAAGGGAUUCUAGUUGGAUGUUCUGGACUAAGUUUCCAAAUUCAGCUGCCUAAAAUUGUCCUAGGAAUUGUUAUUUUAUAAAAAAGGAGGGGAACUUGUAUACCGACCUAUUCUAUUAAAUGUUUUGUCUUAUGUGUUAUAAGUAUUCUGAAGGCAUUGCAUUGUUUGUCUAAUAAAUUGCCAAUCUAUUUGAUUUAAAUCUGACGUGUUUAUUAGCUCGCCAUAGAGGCCUAUAUUGUCCUGGCUUUAGAAUAAGGGACGCAAUGUAAAAUAAAAGUUUGGCCUAUUAUUGCAAAA